ACACUACUAACAACACUACUAACAACACUACUAACAACACCACCAACGCCACCAACAACACAACCACCAACAACAACUUACUCCCACCAGACACAAUUCCGCAAAAAUCCCAAACGAUACCAUGAAUAGUAUCAGAGAACGGACUUUGCGCUCCGGUCAUUCACUAGCAACUCUCUAACUUGGAGGAGCUUCACGUUGAAGGAAGUGAAUGAAUGGGUCCUGCUUGUCCUACUCUUCUUACCCUCUCUCAUUCACCUCAAUAUCCGUCUUCUCCCGAAACCUCCUGCCCUACUACGCCCACCCUCACUUACUCAUUUGAUUUCCGUCCACUUAUCCAACAUCCACUUCAUAAUUCCCACCCUCCCAUCAUUGUCAACACCUCCUGCAUCAUCACCAACACCACACUCACUAAAUUAAUAUCAUCAAACCCCUUACCACCCACCCCGUCUUCCCAACCCACCCACUUUCCAACACGAACCUCUCACACAAACCUCUCUCAAAGCCCAAACACAGCCACCCGACUCACACCACCUCGACAAUAACGGGAACUCGUUCUUGUGCAGAUACAGAAGAGAAAAUUCUUGGCCGUGCUGCGACGUUUAUAUAUAUGCUUUGUGAAUAUUCGCC